ACAUCGUGCAACAAAAUGAUUGGUUUGCUGCUGGUCUUUUUUCCUGCUCUGCUGCUGGAGAUGGACGUGCUGCCCAAGAGUGGGGGUCGGAAGGUUCUUCUCUCUGCAGCCUCCUCACAGCGGUCGGUGGCUCGGAUGGACGGGGAUGUCAUCAUCGGGGCCCUCUUCUCUGUCCAUCACCAGCCACCAGCUGAGAAAGUGCCCGAGAGGAAGUGCGGGGAAAUCCGGGAGCAAUACGGCAUCCAGAGAGUCGAAGCCAUGUUUCACACUUUGGAUAAAAUUAAUGCAGACCCGGUCCUGCUACCUAACAUCACCUUGGGCAGCGAGAUCCGAGACUCCUGCUGGCACUCCUCCGUGGCCCUGGAGCAGAGCAUCGAGUUCAUACGGGACUCUCUCAUCUCCAUCAGGGACGACAGGGAUGGAGGCACCCGCUGCAUUUCCGACUCGCAGACCCAGCCCCAGACCAGAGUGAAAAAGCCCAUCGCAGGGGUCAUCGGCCCCGGCUCCAGCUCAGUUGCUAUCCAAGUCCAAAAUCUGCUCCAGCUCUUCGACAUCCCCCAGAUCGCCUACUCUGCCACCAGCAUCGACCUGAGCGACAAAACGCUGUACAAGUACUUCCUCAGGGUGGUCCCCUCUGACACGCUGCAGGCCAGGGCCAUGCUUGACAUCGUCAAGCGUUACAACUGGACCUACGUCUCUGCCGUGCACACGGAAGGAAAUUAUGGGGAAAGUGGAAUGGAAGCCUUCAAAGAGUUGGCUGCCCAAGAGGGUCUCUGCAUUGCUCACUCUGACAAGAUCUACAGCAACGCCGGCGAGAAGAGCUUUGACCGCCUGCUGCGCAAGCUGCGGGAGAGGUUGCCCAAGGCCAGAGUGGUGGUGUGCUUCUGCGAGGGAAUGACCGUCAGGGGCAUCCUCAUCGCCAUGCGCCGCCUGGGGGUGCUUGGGGAGUUCCUGCUCAUUGGAAGUGACGGCUGGGCAGACAGAGAUGAGGUCAUUGAAGGCUAUGAACCCGAAGCAAAUGGAGGCAUCACGAUCAAGCUGCAGUCUCCUGAGGUGCUGGCAUUCGAUGACUACUACCUGAAGCUGCGGCUGGACACCAACACCCGCAACCCCUGGUUUCCUGAGUUCUGGCAGCACAGAUUCCAAUGCCGCAUUCCAGGGCACCCGCUAGAGAAUCCCAACUUCCAGAAGAAUUGCACUGGCAAUGAGAGCUUAGAAGAAAAUUAUGUGCAGGACAGUAAAAUGGGAUUUGUCAUCAAUGCAAUAUAUGCUAUGGCUUAUGGGCUGCAGAACAUGCAUCAUUCCCUUUGCCCUGGACAUGUUGGACUGUGUGAUGCUAUGAAGCCAAUUGAUGGCAGCAAGCUCCUGGAGUUCCUCCUCAAAUCCUCAUUCAUUGGUGUUUCUGGAGAAGAAGUUUGGUUUGAUGAAAAAGGAGAUGCCCCUGGAAGAUAUGACAUCAUGAACCUGCAGUACAUAGAGCCCAACCACUACGACUACGUCCUUGUUGGGACCUGGCACGAGGGUGUGCUCAACAUUGAUGACUACAGGAUCCAGAUGAAUAAGAGCGGAAUGGUCCGGUCGGUAUGCAGUGAGCCUUGCCUGAAGGGCCAGAUUAAGGUGAUCAGGAAAGGAGAAGUGAGCUGCUGCUGGAUUUGCACUGCUUGCAAGGAGAAUGAAUUUGUUCAGGAUGAAUUCACCUGUAAAGCCUGUGAGCUCGGCUGGUGGCCAAAUGCUGACCUGACAGGCUGCGAACCCAUCCCUGUAAAGUAUCUCCAGUGGAGCAAUAUAGAGUCUAUUGUGGCUGUGGUCUUUUCCUGCCUGGGGAUCCUGGUCACCAUGUUUGUCACCCUUAUCUUUGUGCUCUACAGAGACACCCCUGUUGUCAAGUCCUCCAGCCGCGAGCUCUGCUAUAUAAUCCUGGCUGGCAUCUUUCUGGGUUACGUCUGCCCUUUCACCCUUAUAGCUAAACCCACCACGACCUCCUGCUACCUCCAGCGCCUCCUGGUGGGCCUCUCCUCCGCCAUGUGCUAUUCCGCCCUGGUGACCAAAACCAACCGCAUCGCGCGCAUCCUGGCGGGUAGCAAGAAGAAGAUCUGCACCCGCAAGCCCCGCUUCAUGAGCGCCUGGGCCCAGGUAGUCAUCGCCUCCAUCCUGAUCAGCGUGCAGCUGACGCUGGUGAUCACACUGAUCAUCCUGGAGCCCCCCAUGCCCAUCCUCUCCUACCCCAGCAUUAAGGAAGUUUACCUUAUCUGCAACACCAGCAACCUGGGCGUCGUGGCUCCUGUGGGCUACAACGGACUCCUCAUCAUGAGCUGCACGUACUACGCCUUCAAGACUCGCAACGUGCCUGCCAAUUUCAAUGAGGCCAAGUACAUUGCAUUCACCAUGUACACCACUUGCAUCAUCUGGCUGGCCUUCGUGCCCAUCUAUUUCGGGAGCAACUACAAGAUCAUCACCACCUGCUUCGCAGUGAGCCUGAGCGUGACAGUGGCUCUGGGGUGCAUGUUCACUCCCAAGAUGUACAUCAUUAUAGCCAAGCCUGAGAGGAACGUCCGCAGUGCCUUCACCACCUCAGAUGUGGUGCGUAUGCAUGUCGGGGAUGGCAAGGCACCUUGCAAGUCCAACACUUUCCUCAACAUAUUCCGGAGAAAGAAGCCAGGAGCUGGAAAUCCAAAUUCUAAUGGAAAGUCUGUGUCAUGGUCUGAACCAGGUGGAAGACAAGAUCCAAAGGGGGAACAUACGUGGCACAGACUCUCAGUGCAUGUGAAGAACCAGGAGACAGGGUGCAAUCAGACAGCGGUGAUCAAACCCCUCACUAAAGACUGCCACGGCCAAAGUCUGACUUUUACCGACAUCAGCACUAAGACUCUGUACAAUGUGGUGGAGGAAGACGACAGAGAGCCCAUUCACCUCAACCAGUCCAACAGUCCUUCCAUGGUGGUGCACAGGCGGGUGGCAACGACCCCCCCAUUGCAGGCCACGGCAGAGGAAACCCAACUCUUCUUGCCUGAGCAGUCCCCCAAGACCCUGUCCCUGCAGCCACAGUCUCUCAUGGACCAGCUGCAAGGAGUGGUCAACAAGUUUGCCACCGGCAUCCCCGACUUCAACACUGCCCUCCCCAGUCCCGGCUCAGGGAACGGCAUGCGGCCUCCCUGCCCACCUCCGCCACCACAGCAGCCACCCCUGCAGCCUUUCCAGGUGGCUGCCUUCAGCCAGGAGCCCCUGUCUCCCCCGGCUGAGGAAGCCGAGAGUGAGAAGGUGAAGCUCAUUCAGGGAUAUGUGUAUGAGAAGAGUGCAGAGGAGGAGGAGGAUGAGGAGCCGGCAACCAGCAAAUUGACUCUCGAAGACUCUCCGGCACUGACGCCCCCGUCCCCUUUCCGGGAUUCAGUGGCCUCGGGCAGCUCCGUGCCCAGCUCCCCCGUGUCGGAGUCGGUGCUCUGCACACCUCCAGAUGUGACCUAUGCCUCUGUCAUCCUGAGGGAUUAUAAGCAAAGCUCGUCCACCCUGUAG